ACAGAGGGAAUGUCCCUCACUCUGUCCUGUGUGAUUGUGAUUCAUGUGAUCAGUUCAUUCUGCUCAUUGAUGUGUCGUAUUUUUCCCAUCAUCCAAGAUGAAAAGGCUUCAGCAGUUUGUGGAGAAAAAGAAAGUUGAUCACAAGUUCAAGCAGGCUGGAUCUGGCCACAGACUUGACGAGCAGCGACAAAUGCCUGUUGCUACAAGUUCCCAGCAGCAGCAAGUUCGUGUGACCCCAGCACCAAGUGCAGCACGAGCUGGCGAGGCAGCCUUAGCAAGGCUUCAACCAGACCGGCCAGCAUCAGCAGCCAAAAUGAAACAACUCAAAGCAAAGGCCGCAGCCGAGAGAGAAGCAGAACAAGCGGCUAUGGACAGGAUGAACAACCCGACAGUGUCCUCGCGGGCAUCAGGCAGGUCAACUUCUCCCGAGCAGCCAGCUUUCCAUGAUGACCAAGCCCCUGUUUCUGUGAGUGGCAUCUUCUAUCAGUGCCCGCUGGGCUGUUCUCCAGUCAUUCCAAAAGCGUCGGUGGACGAACACCUGCAGAUGUGCCUGCUGACCAGGUUGCUUCCUGAAAAUCCCCUAGAGGCUUCGGCCAAAAUGGUCCACACCUAUAAUAAGGACAAGGAAAAACGCCAGGCUGGAAUAGACAUCAUGUGCAAAUAUUUAGAGAACGUGUGCAAUAAUCUUGCCGAGGAGAAGUACCAGAGGAUCCGCAUGGGUAACAAGGCCUACGUGGAGAAGGUGGCGUGUCUCGAAGGCUCACACGAGUUCUUGCAAGCGGUGGGAUUUUUACCCAAGAUGCUGCCCCACCAAGAGACGGAAGAGGCUUUCUUAGUGUUGACCCCCGAAGCAGCAGCCAACAUAGAGCAGCUGAGGUCGGCAUGCGAGCUCUUACAGACAGCCCAACCCUUGAAGGCUUCCCUCCAUCGGGACCUGAAGGUCUAUCAGAAGUCCUCUCAGGCCAGCCAGUUCCAACUGCCCCAGGACUUCUACAGAAUCAAACCGGAAGAGGCCAAGAGACAACAGCAACUCAGGACUGAGGAAGUAGAACGCAAUGCCGUGCUGCGGACCAAAGCUAUGAAGGAGGCUGAGGCACUCAGGAAUCUACGGAGAUAUCGAUACGCUCUGAUCCGAGUCCGGUUCCCCAAUGGAAUUCUCCUCCAAGGCACAUUCCACGCAUCAGAUAAGCUGUCUGAGGUCUUUGAGUUCAUCAGGUGCUCACUUAUCAAUGACUGGCAGCCCUUCAUUCUGACUGAUGCAACAGGACUGAAACUAACGGAGGAAGACUGCAAGUUGGCUGAGCUCAAGCUGGCACCAGCGGCUGUUGUCAACUUUUCAUGGGACGCAGCGAUCAUGGAAGAAAUUGUGGCAGCCCAGGGGUUCGUGCAAGAGGGUGAUUACCUCAAACCAGAGCUCAUCAAUGCAAUCCAAAGUCUCUGAGCCGUGGAGAUACAAAAACUAGAGACAAUAUAGUAAUUGAGUGGACCGUCUUGUUCACGCAACUUGUCCAGCUUGUUGUAGGGUGACCUGGCGUGAUGUCAUCAACGAGUUUGUUGGGCUCAAUGGGGUCCGUGCACAAGUACCCCCUCAACGGUAAGAAAGGGACAGUUGGGGAUGACAACCUUAAGAGACAUUCGAAAGCAUUACUGAUGAUGCCAGAUGCUGACGCGAAGACGCUUUAACUGUUUAUACAUUCAGAAUAUACUUAGUAAAUGCAUACUUCUCACCAUACACAUGUAAACCGUGUCCUAAUUACUUGGCAACAGCUUGACAUGACACACCUGUUUAUGGUAGCGGCUGCAGCCACUUCCCAUAGACACGUGUGUAAUUUCAAGCCGUAGCCAAGUAAUUUGGACCCAGCCCUAGCCACGGAAUUGUUAUGCUUAUGAUUACCAUUUUGUGCUUACAGUGUUAGUGAGGACAUUUUGUGUUAACCCUGUAAGCAGAGAGUCCACAGUCACACGCAUUUGCGUUCACACUCAGAAAUUCCUUUUCAACCCUUGAAAUAUGCUAAACAUUUUUCUUUUAUAUUUUAGCAAAACCAUGAAAUUUGGCCAUGAUGCUUUUGGAUUCAGGAAGAUUCCUAACAAUUUUGUUUCAAAAUUAUUUGAAAAUCGUAAUUUUCAGGGUAUUCCAUAAUUAUUCAACGCUUACAGGUUUAUUUACUUUGUGCAGAUAUAAAUAUUUUUCUGAGAGAAAUUGAAGUCAUUAAGGAAUUCAAAAGAUAUUUGUAAAAUUUCACAGUGUUGAAAAACUGUUUAAAUUAAGCUUAUUAAUCGAUACAGAUUUACUUCAACAAUUGUAAACAUUGUAAUUGAUAUUUGUAGACAUAGUUAACAUUGUAAAUGGAUCUAUUCAUGUCCACGAGAAAAUACAUUACGUAUGAGAGUUAUAUAUGAGACUUUAGAAAAAGAAGUCAAAAUUUAAAGAGGGGAUGUAGAGCAUGUAAUAAUAGAAACAUAUUUACUAUCUGCGUGGCAAUUUGGGGUGUAUUUUUCAAGUUUCCAGUUAUUCAGGUUUCAAAUAAUGUAUGUCUAUAGUUGAAAAUGUUUAUUGUAUGUUUAUUCAUGGCAAAGAUUAAAAUUACUUCCUGACAUCAGACAUUUUUUGGUUACAAUAUUUGGCCAGAUGGAUGAUCUUGUUCAAGUUCGGAAGUGUAUUCUAGUAUUUGUUAAAGAAUUUGACACUGUACAUGUAUGUGACAGCUCGUCAGUAAUUGUCCAUUCUUUUUUCAUUUUUCAGUAUAAAGUCAACAAAAUUUUGACAACUUUUGACAGGUGCAUUAGAUUUUGUGCUACUUUGUUAUUCAACCUGCAUGGAAGAAUGAAUACUAAAAUAUUAAAAAUCACACAUUAAAACAACAAGAAUCCACAGUGGGCA